AUGUUCGCAAGGUUUCUUCUUCGUCCGACGGCUCGCCAUUCACUCAAGCACGGCAACCCUAGCCGCUGGACAGCCCGCACGGUGAGAACCUUGCCUUCUUUCUCCCUCGAAAACAAAACCUGUGUGGUCACCGGAUCGGCACGAGGCCUGGGGAAAGAAUUCCUGACCGCAUUCGCCCUCAGCGGCGCACGGGGCGCAUGCGUCGACUUGGCCAUCAAAGACUGCGAGGACUCGAUUUCAUCGAUAGCGUCGCAGGUCAAGGAAGCCUACCCCGAAGACCCUGUGCCGGAGCUGCGAGCCUACCAGUGCAACGCAACUCUCGAGAACGACGUGAAGAGAACGUGGGCCCAGAUCGUUCGAGACUUCGGCAAGGUCGACGUGCUCGUCACCGCCGCCGGCAUCGUCGACAACGUCGAGGCCGAGAACUACGAAUACGCUCGCUGGCGGAAGAUGAUGGAUAUCAACGUCGACGGAAGCUGGCUGUUUGCCCGCGAAGCCGGGAAACAUAUGCUGCAGCACGACAUCCGGGGCUCCAUCGUCCUCAUCGCCAGCAUGUCGGCGACGAUCUGUGUGCGUCCGCAGAAGCAGGCGGCUUACAACGCGUCGAAGGGAAGUAUCCGGAUGUUGUCGAAAAGUUUGGCGACGGAGUGGGGGCCGAGAGGCAUCAGAGUGAACAGCCUGAGUCCUGGGUACAUGCGCACCGACCUGAUAAAGGGUCUGUUAGAACACGAAGGGAAAGAGCUGGUUGGAUCGUGGGAGAAGGACAUCCCGAUGGGGAGGAUGGCAGAGCCCCACGAGCUCAGAGGCACCAUUGUGUGGAUGGCGAGUGAUGCUUCAAGCUACCUGAACGGGUCAGACGUGAUCGUGGAUGGAGGAUACACGUGCUGGUGA